CCAAUGAAAUAUUACGUUAUAAACGAAACAAUUUGCCAUGAUUACUACGUUCGCUGCGACCUAUUGUCGUCGUGCCUUUAGACAUAAGUGAAUGCUUGGAAAUUUUUGAAUUUAGAAAAGUGAACGGUAAUAAAUAGCUCCGCAAUAACGCCUGUAGCCGCAUCACGAAGGUCAGACAAGUCACAUUACCAAUCUCGCUGAAUGAUUGCAACGUCAGGGUUACCUAUCGUAAUUUUAGUAGGAAACUUCCAUGCCGCAAACUUGGCGCCCACUAUCUCGGAGGCCGUGCCGCACAAGGGCAAUGACUUUCUGUACUUUUGAAGUGACGCGGUCUGUGGACUAGCCUGUACGCUUCCUACAUGCAUAUAAAAAAUUGAAUUAAAAAGAAAGCCUGUUUUAUUUCGGAGCCACGUAGGCGGACAUCGAGGCAUCCAUCGAGCCACGCGAUUAGAAACGCCAUUCCGUGGCUAAAAUAAACUCGUGAGCUGUACCGGUUUUGAACAGGUAGUGGAAGGAGGAGAAGAGAGAGGAAUAUGCGAUUGCACCGCGCGCAGAAGCGGCAGCAUCUUCCGCAAAUUGUCGUCAACGUGCCAACAACUCACCGGGGCAACAGACAAAGCGUACGGCGGCAGGGUCGUUGUAUACGCACUUGCAGGCCACUUCAAUGACAUCUAGAUAACGAGUUACAAUAGGCGUUGUAUCGUGUCUUAGAGGAAGGCGUUUCAGCCAGCUUGUUUACCGUGCCGCGCUCACAGAGUAACACUUUGAGAGCAGAGCUUUGGACGCUUUCGCGAACGACCGACCAUUCGUUCAGUGGACGCGUUGUGUCAACAUGGACUCGUCCUGGGCCCUUGCAUCUGGCUCGAAGUUCCCACCACUUGUUCCCGGGAAACUUCGGCUCUACAGCAUGAGGUUCUGUCCUUUUGCGCAACGAGCUCUGCUCAUGACGAAAGCAAAGUCAAUUGAUCAUGAAGUGGUCAACAUCAAUCUCAAGGACAGGCCGGAGUGGUGCAACGAGGUGCUUCCUGCAGGGACCGUACCUGUGCUUUCUCAAGACGACAAACUCAUCAGCGGCUCCAUGCCCAUUGUUGAGUAUCUGGAGGAGGCAUAUCCGCAGACGAAGCCCAUGCUGCCCAGGGACCCAUACCUGAAGGCACGGGACAGGAGCUUCUUGGAUGUUGCUUUGCCCACAGUCGAGCCGCUUGUCUCUAUCCUGAUGGGAAAAGGGUCCAUGGAAGAGAACUGGGCCAACGUUCUCAAGAAGAUACCACUGUUCGAGAAGGAGCUCGUCAGGAGGAAGAGCACUUUCUUCUCUGGCGUUACGCCGGGCUUUGUGGACUACGCCGUGUGGCCAACGUUCGAGCUUGCUCGUGGCCUGUCCGCAGCUCACGCUGAGCUGGAAAUGCCCAGCUCCGAAGAUUUCCCGCAUUUUUCGAGCUGGUAUCAGAAAAUGCGCGAGGACGCGGUCGUGAGAGCGGUCGUAAACGAGGAUCACACCGUGCUUUUCGUGCAGUCGUACAAGACCGGUCAGCGGGACUUCAACGCCGGCCUGCACUGACGACAUCUGUAUUUGAGAGUAAGGGUGAACAUUUUUAAAGCGAGAGCUUCAAGGGCCCCUUUACGCAGAAAAUCCGGCCUUGACCGUGCGCUGACCGGGAGCGAAAAUUUUCUACCAAUCACAGCACGGCGUGCGCCGCCAGGUUCCUUGAAGCACCACCAGAUGGCGCUCGCCUCUUCGCAUCCGCGGCGACGCCGGCGCCGGCCGUGCGGGGGUAAGAAAAAAAAACUGUCAGCCCUUCCACUGGGGCGGAGACGGAAGACCAGCGAAGCUGUACUAUGGUGGGAAUUACGCAUUUCCAAUUAUGACUAUAAGAUGAUGGUGUAAUUGGUUAUUUGAACUAUUAAAGAAUGCGAAAUAUAUAUGAUCCGGUGG